GAAAAGGUUUGUUACUUCCGGGUUACGAUCGAUUCGAAGCGGUGAUACUGUGGUAGAAUAGGAAAGACUGAGGAUGACAAGAAAGCAGCGGCAGAACGCAGAGGGGAAGAAGAAAGUUGUUAGCAGCGCCGUCGAGGAAGACGAUGAUGUGGAGAAAAAGGUCUAUCUUCUUACCAACUUGGGUGGGCAAGCAGAGGACCAUCAACCACGAGAACACGGCGAUGAAGCUCAGAACCAAUCAGGUGGUGGGGCAGAGGACGAAUCUGGUGGCAGUAAAGAAGAGGAAUCAGAGGGGACUAGUGAGGAAGAAGAUACUGAUAAUGGAAUAGAGCUGCAGUCAGAGGAACACAUCAGGACAGAACUGUGCAGUAUGUCCUUUGAGGAUAUCAUGAAGCUGCAGCAACAGGUGGGAACUAAAGUGUUCAAUGAAGUUGCGUACAACAGAAAAAAGUGUGAAGAGGUCAGCAAUAAGAAACGACUCAACAAGAACAGACCGAUGGAAAUUUCAGCAAAGAAGCCACCAUCCUUCCUACGUCAGGUCAUCCCUGUCAAGAAAUCAACCAGGAGAGAUCCUCGAUUUGACAGCCUGUCAGGGGAAUACAAACCAGAAAUUUUUGAGAUGACUUACAAGUUUAUUAAUGACCUCAAACACAGAGAGAAAGAGAUCAUUAAGAGACAGUUAAAGAAGACAAAGAACACCAGCCAGAGGAAGGAGAGGCUGCAGUUCCUGCUGAGGAGAUUGGAAACCCAGGAGCAAGCAAGACAGAGCCAAGAGCAGCAGAGAGAGAGAGAGCUACAGUUCAAGAAUCGGCAGCGAGAGCGAGCCAGUCGGGGUGAACGGCCCUUCUUCCUGAAGAAAUCGGAAGAGAAGAAGCUGCAGCUGGCUGAAAAAUAUCUGGAACUGAAGAAGAGUGGCAAACUGGAGAACUUCCUGAGCAAGAAAAGGAAGAGGAACGCAGUUAAAGACCGCAGGAAGCUACCUAAAUAACAAAAUGUAAAAUAACAAAUGCUUUCUUUAUGCUGAAAACUGGUGAAAAGCUGUCUGCUUAGAAAUGUUUAAGGGCAUCAGCCUGCUGAUGGUGCUGUUGCAUUUUCACAUCAGCAGGUGUACUUCUGUGAAAGCUUUGGUGUGUUCAGUGGUGUUUGGAUUCAUGAAUAUUUGCAAAUCAUAAAAGUAUGUUUUGAGCAUCA